AGAGGAGAGAGAGAGAAGAAAGGUAGAACGAGACAGAGAAAAGGAAAGAAAAAUAGAAAUAUCUGAAAAAAGACAAAGAAGAAAAAGAAGAAAAAGAAGAAAAAGAAGGAAAGAUAAAAAAAGUUUCAGUGGUCGGUGGCUCGGUACACUUAGUCUCCUCCUCCUCCUCCUCCUCCUCCUCUUCCUCCUCCUCCUGCGGUCAUCGUCGUCAGCUCUUCUCUCAGGCGUGUCGUGAGAGAUGGCAGCUCUUCCGAUGUGGUGGGGGCGUCGAACCCUCUCCAGCCCUCACCACCUCCUCCACCUCCUCCAUCUCCUGCUCUUUCAUCUCAGCCUCGCCCGGGGUAGCGUCAACGAGGGGCCGCUGGAAUUCGAGGAUAUCAUGCCAGACAACCCCAGGGACUAUGAUAAGAUGGCUCCUCCGAAGGGCGGCGAUGAUCCCACCACAGUGCUCGUCCACGUCACCGUCAUGAGCCUGGACAGCAUCGACGAGAGCUCCAUGACGUACGCCGCGGAUAUCUUCUUCGCCCAGAGCUGGAAGGACUGGCGGCUUCGCUUGCCCGACAACAUGACCCACGAAUACCGCCUGCUGCCCGUGGCCUGGCUAAAGGACAUUUGGCGGCCGGACAGUUUCUUCAAGAACGCCAAGGCUGUCACAUUCCAGGAGAUGACCAUUCCCAACCACUACCUUUGGCUCUACCAGGACAACACGAUCCUCUAUAUGGUUAAGCUCACGCUGGUUCUGUCCUGCGCCAUGAACUUCCAGCUGUACCCUCAUGACACCCAGGAGUGCCACAUGAAGAUAGAAAGCCUCUCGCACACCACGGACGACCUGGUCUUCAUCUGGGAGCCUGAAGUUCCUCUCGUGGUGGACAGGAACAUCGAACUCCCUCAGCUCGACCUCGUUAAGAAGUUCACCGGUGAUUGUACGCAGGUCUACUCCACAGGUAACUUCACGUGCCUGGAGAUUGUUUUCACCUUCAAGCGUCGUCUGGGCUACUAUCUGUUCCACACGUACAUCCCAACCUGCCUCAUCGUCAUCAUGUCCUGGAUCAGCUUCUGGAUACGCCCCGAGGCAGUCCCGGCGCGGGUGACACUCGGCGUGACCUCACUCCUCACGCUGUCAACCCAACACGCUAACUCACAGAAGUCUCUCCCGCCAGUAUCGUACAUAAAGGCCAUCGACGUCUUCAUGUCCUCCUGCACCGUCUUCGUGUUCUUCUCGCUGAUGGAGUACGCGCUGGUCAACGUGGUGCUCGGCGACGUGCCCGAAGAACCCGACCCAAUGAGGAGAGUUCGACCGCGCACCGUCCUGCACGUGACGCCCCACCAGGACACCAAGAUGGGGGAGUGUCUGGGGCCCGAGGAGUCACCCGUUCUGGGGGGCGGCAAGGAGGGGGGCGGCGCUCUCCCUCCCCCGCUACACCCAAAACGCCGCGCUGCCUCGUCCCCCGCCUUGCACCGACGUAGCAAUGGGAGGAAGCCGGGGUGUCAGACGGAGUUCGACAGCAUCAACACCAUCGCUUCCCCUUCCUCGGCCGCCCCCGCCAAUGGAAUGUCGCCCUUGGAGAUGCUGGGCCAGGGUUCGUGCCCCGCUCACCUGCCCAGCCCUCAGCACCUGAUCAACGGGCCCAUGUUCAGCGGGGUUCAGCACUCAGCACUCCCCCAUUCCACUCUGCAGCACACUGUGAAUUUUGGUCUUCCUCCACCGCCGCCGCCGCCGCCUCUGGGCCCGGUGAAGAAGCAGAAUCAUCGAAGGCGUCGGGAGCGGGCCAUCCUCAUCGACAGGGUAUCUCGCAUCCUCUUCCCAACCUCCUUCACCGUCCUCAACGUCAUCUACUGGAGCGUCUUCGUCAUCGAGUGGUUCUAGGCGCCCCCGGAGAGAUGGCAACACUGCUCUUCUGCGAGGGAUGACUCAAUUAGAUUAGCUUGUGUUUAUAAGUAGAGAGAAGGGAGAGAGGGGAGAGAGAGAGAGUGAGGGAGGGGAAGGAGAGGGAGAGAUGAUAAGGGUGAUGGAAAGAGAGGGAGGUUGUAUUGAGAAGAAGGGAGACACGGGGAGAGAUAGAAAAGAAAAGGAGAGGGAGAUUGUUUUAUAUAUGGAAAGAAAGAGAAAGAGGGAGGGAAGUUGAGGGAGAAAUGGAUAAGGAGGUAGAAAAAGAGGAGAAGGAGAAGGAGAGACGGAAAGGUUUAAGCAACGAGAGGGAGAUUAUGUUUUUUAUAUAGAAAGAGAGAGAAAGCGAGAUGGAGAAUGAGGGAGAGAAAGAAAGGGAGGGAAGGAGAGGGAGAAAUGGAAAAGGAGAUAGAAGGAGAGGGAGAAAAAAGAAGGAGAUUGAGAUAGAACGAGAGGAGAUUGAGUU